UCCGCAGCGCUUUCGAUAUACCCCCCAUAUCGCAUUGCGCCUCUCCUCUGACUCUUACGUUUCCAGGUGGCCCCGGAGUCGCGAUUAGCCUUCAUCUCAGAAUCGCUAUGUAUUGGUUGUGGUAUCUGCCCCAAGCGCUGCCCGUUUAGCGCUAUUACCAUUAUCAACCUUCCCACCAAUCUCGAGAGCCAGAUCACGCAUCGUUAUUCUGCCAACAGCUUCAAACUUCACCGGCUUCCCAUGCCAAGACCCGGGAACGUGCUUGGUCUUGUAGGAACAAACGGUAUUGGCAAGAGCACGGCUCUAAAAAUCCUCAGCGGCAAGCUCAAGCCAAAUCUUGGAAGAUUUGAUAACCCGCCCGAUUGGGAGGAUGUCAUUAAACACUUUAGAGGCUCCGAACUACAAAACUACUUCACGAAGCUUCUGGAAGACGACCUGAAGUCUGUGGUUAAGCCGCAGUAUGUGGAUCAGAUCCCCAAGGCCAUUCGCGCGGCCGACAAGAGCGUCCAGGCUUUGAUUGAGCGCGUCUCUGCUGUGGAAAACCUGGAUCUGGUCCUCGACACCCUUGAAUUGCGCCACAUCCUUGAUCGUGAUGUUACUCUACUCUCUGGAGGAGAACUUCAGCGCUUUGCCAUUGGCACCACUUGCGUUCAGAAAGCCGAUGUCUACAUGUUCGACGAGCCAUCGUCGUACCUCGAUGUCAAGCAGAGACUGAGCGCUGCGCGCAUCAUUCGAUCGCUCCUCCGCCCAGACGGCUAUGUCAUCGUCGUUGAGCACGAUUUGUCCGUUCUUGACUACCUCUCGGACUAUAUCUGUGUUCUGUAUGGCCAGCCCGCUAUCUACGGCGUUGUGACCCUCCCCCACUCUGUACGCGAAGGCAUCAACAUCUUCCUGGACGGCCAUAUCCCGACCGAGAACUUACGUUUCCGCGAGGAGAGCUUGACCUUCCGGAUCGCCGAGGGCACCGAAGAGUACUUGAUUGAGAAGUCUCGGGCAUUCCAGUACCCAUCCAUGGAAAAGACACUCGGCAACUUCAAGUUGUCAAUUGAGUCUGGCGGGUUCUCUGACUCUGAAAUUAUUGUCAUGAUGGGAGAGAACGGCACUGGCAAGACAACUUUCUGCCGUCUUUUGGCGGGUGCUCUCAAGCCCGACGGAGACGAAAAGGUUCCCGAGAUGAAGAUUAGCAUGAAGCCGCAGACCAUCACACCUAAGUUCGAGGGCACCGUACGCCAACUCUUCUUUAAGAAGAUCAAGGCUGCAUUCUUGUCGCCACAGUUCCAGACAGAUGUGGUCAAGCCCCUAAAGCUUGACGAUUUCAUCGACCAGGAAGUGAAGAACCUCUCAGGUGGUGAACUUCAACGAGUGGCUAUUGUUUUGGCGCUUGGUAUGCCGGCCGAUAUCUACCUCAUUGAUGAGCCAUCUGCAUAUCUGGACUCGGAGCAGCGUAUUAUCGUCAGUCGUGUUAUCAAGCGGUUCAUCAUGCACGCCAAGAAGACUGCCUUUAUCGUCGAACACGAUUUCAUCAUGGCCACGUACCUUGCUGAUCGGGUCAUUGUCUUUGACGGAGAACCCGGCAUCGAUGCUCACGCGAACGAGCCCGAGUCGCUACUUACUGGCUGCAACUCCUUCCUGAAGAACCUAGAUGUCACGUUCCGCCGCGACCCGACUAACUUCCGCCCGCGGAUUAACAAGCUAAACUCGCAGCUUGACCAAGAGCAGAAGUUGGGAGGCAACUACGUAAGUCUACAUAACCAGAGUGGAGACACAAGUGGCAACUAACGAUUUAUGUGACUUGCAGUUCUUCCUGGAGGACGUGGAGAAGAGUAGUUGAAGAGGGCAUCC